ACUAACUAUAAAUAUCUCUGUAACUUGCAAGUCUUUUGUAUCCCUGAUUUUGAGUCUCUCUCUCCCUCUCUGUCUCUCUCUUUCUCUCUCUCUACAGAGACCGUACACGGAUAUAUACCCGUUCAGAGCCUUGCAGAUUUGGACGUUGAGUUUCAAAAAUCUGAUUUCUUUUUUUUUGAACUUUAAAAAAAAAAAUCUGGUUUCUUGAAGUUUUGUCAUGGCUUUUUGGCGCAGAUACUAAGAACUUAGAUAACUUUUCUGAAACUUUAUUGGCUUUUCUCUCCUGGACCUUGUUUGAUCGUUGGUUUUUCAUAUUUCAUUGAAUUCCUGAACAUUGAGCUUUAGAUGGUGAUGAAGGAGACAGGAUUUCUCAGAACUCUGGGUUUGAAGAGAGAGGAAGCAGAGUUUAUGACCAGGGUGAAAAAUUUCACAAAGAAAUCUCCCCAAUCUGUUAAUUCAGAAUCUGUUGGUCUAAAAUCUAAGAAACCCAACUUCAAAAGUUGCCGAUUCAAUGGUCUCCAUUGUUGUUUUGGCCAAGCUCUGCUACAGAACUAUUGGAAUUUCAGAAAUAGUGGGCCUCCUUCGAGGUUGAUGUUCUUCUGUAGAGGUAAUUGGAGUGAUUUCUCUGAUGAAGCUUUUGGGUCUUUGAGAGGUGGAUUCAUGGCUGGAAAACCCAUGGUGGAAUUGACAAUUCAGGGCUCAAAUUACCUUGUUGAUUUUCUUCGUAUGCUGCAGAUCGAUUUAAGGGCAUGUAGACAAAGGUCCAUUGCUUGGAUUGACAUCAACAACCAGUGUUUCUUUCCUAAAUUCUUGAUAACAGAGGAUAUAACAGACUGUGAUUUUCUACCUCCACAUAUUAAACCAGAGAGCGAUUUUAGGUUGGUAAAUGCAGAGGGAUCGAGUGCUCGAAAAUCCGAUGACAUGGGGUCUUCUGUUGAGAUUUCAGCAACAAAAGGGAAGAUUUUGAGAAAUGAAGAAGUUGGGUAUGCACAAAAAGCUUCUGAUUGUUUGGAAGUUACAAGUUCAUACCAACCUGAGACUGAUUUGCAUAGGAGAGAAACUGCGGCAUCUCCAAAGGGUUCAUCUGGUGAUGGUGAGGGAAUGAAAAGAAGGCCAUGCUCCACUAUGUCAUUUCCUAAACUCUUGUCUGCCAUGGAGAAAUUCUUGCCUUCCUCUACAACUCAGGCAUUGCAGCGUUUGUACAUAGAGUAUAAGGCCGGAAAGGUCAGGAAAGAUGUCCUUAUAAGGAAAAUUCGAUCGAUUGCGGGGGACAAAUUGCUGAUUUCAGUUAUCCGAAGCAUUCGAGGCCUCGCAUGACAUCGACGUUCAUCUUACUUUAGUUUUCUAAGCUUCCUCUGAACAAUUCUUCAUCUACCAGAGCCAAGAAAAAUGUUUUGCUUUUCCUUCACAUGGAUAUUCAAGCUGCAAAGUUAUGCUCAAGACAUUGGUGAUGCAGCCAAAUAGGCACAGAUGCAUCAGGACCUCAAGUUUAGCAUCCUUUAGCAGUAACAUUAGUACAAUGGUUGACCCAGAGAAGUUCCAUGUGCUACAGCUGUGCUUAAAUGGAAAAGAAGAAAAAUAACCAAAUAUAUGGCUCUCCCUUUUGUUUUUUUUUUUGUUUUUUUGUUUUUUGUUUUUUUGGGUAGUUAAGUGGUAGGAAUUGAACAAGCUCAAGUUUUUAUUUUUCUUAGUAAGAAUAUAAUGAUGAGUUUCUUCUUGCAUAUGGAGAA